GACCAAUUAUAGCCGAUUAUUUUUGUAAUAAUCGACUGUGAUUCGCCAAUUCUUACGGCUUACAACUUAUGACAUGUAUUGUAGAAUGACCAGUAGACCUCGUCUGCAAUCAGUCGGUAGACGUUGUCGUGUGUUGUACGCAUGCGCACAACUUCGGUUUUUGCCUUGCAUUCAAUCUUUUUCUGUCAUUUACGGCAGCCGACACAUAAAACUCAAAGUUUUGCGCAUGCGUAUGACACACAACAACGUCGCCUGACUGAUUGUAGACGAGGUCUUUUUACGUAAAUUGUUGUCGCAGCGUCAGGUGACAGAAAUCUUUGAGUUGACGUGAUCUACGAUACCUCAUAGAAACAAGUCCAGGACAUUGAUAACGACAGUAUAUAGAUGCAGACGGCGAUCAUCGGUCGAGCAGUGAGAUCUCAGUUGACAAGUGAAUCCACGACAAAUCAAGAAUCCAAAAUGCGCUCUUUGCUCAUCGCGGUUUUGUUGCCUUUCCAUGACCGUCUGCAUACUAGCAAACGAUUUUAUACUCGGCGAACGCCAGGCAGGUGACUACUGCGUCACCAACAGAACCAUCUUUAGGCCUCCAAUCCCAAUGAUAGCCAUAAGAGCCAGAAUCGGUAUAAAGUGCUCGUUCAACGAAACCAUCACCUACGUUCAGAUUAGCAGUAUAAAUGGCAAAGACGUUCGGUUUUAUCAGAUCUUAGGUGAUGUCGGCAUGACAUCCUUAAUGGUGAUGGCAAUGGGGAAUCCGGGCGAGGGAUUAUGGUUAACGGUAGAAGGUUACUGCAUAGAUCUAAACUCAGUUACCACAGAGGCACCGACAACGACAACAACAGCGGUACCGACAACAACAACAUUGUGACCAACAACAACAGUAGUACUAACAACAACGGAAGGAACGACGCAGGAGUGGACAACGACACAGCAAGCUACGACAUGGCAAAGUAC